AUGAAUAGCUUUUCAUCUCCAGAGGACCAGCUACACUGUUCAUCGCCAAGAUGCCAACCUCACCCGUCGCUACAGAAACGCCAUUCCCACUCGCCUCCAAAGUACACUUGCAACCACUCGCCCCAAAGGUACUAUUUCAACCAGCGAAUCCAGCCAUCUUUACAUCGCUAUCACAACCGACCUCAACCAACAAACUAUCGCAACCACCCACCACCAAGCGAAUCAUCAAGACAUCAUCGUCACCAUGCAAGAGAUCUUAGCAGUCAUUCACAACCUUCAGACAUCCGCGAUGCUAUCUACGAGCCUCUAAUGGACAUUUAUCAUCAUUCACCAAGAGGAUACAGCGAAUACUCAUCUCCAAGAGACAGUCACAGUAACCAUGAUAUUCCAAGACAUCACUCACCUUACAGAGACGAUAGAUAUUUCUAG